AUGGCUAGCUAUUCAAGCUAUUCGAACCCGGAGUCGCUCACCGAGCUCUCAACCAUAAUAGAGCGGACACUCAUUGAUACGGGUCGUUUGUUCCGGAAAUCUGGCUCGAUGCCAUCGAGAACUCACCUGCAGCGAUCCCUUCCUUUGUAUCAUGACAGUUUCCAAAAUGCCCUGGAUAACCUAUCAGAGCAAAUUUUCAUUGCAAAAGCCUUCCUAGAAAGGGAUUAUGAGGCUCUUAAGGCUACUAGCGCCACACCGCAGCCCGUCAAAGAUGCGGAAAUGAGCGGUGUGAGCCAUCCGGUCAAACUAGAAAACCAGCCGACCCCGGCGGAACCUGUCCAGAUGGACACAGAGCUGGACCCCGUGCCGAAAUCGGAAGAGGCUGUGCCUGCGAGUCUACCAACUCCCACACAGGUCAAACCCGAAGCUAAAUCGGGUGAGGAUGUAGAAGUCAAAAACGUAUCCAACAACAAUGCUGCCCCCGAUCAGUCAUUCCCGGGGACUCAUGAAGAUCUCACAUUUGAUUCAGUCCUCAACGACGCUGGCGGAACAAAUGACUUUGGCCUCAGUUUGGACUUCAACGACGAUGAUAUGGGCAAUCAAGCUUUCCUAUCAGGGUCGAAUUUUACCGCUGCUGGCACUUCUGGAGGUGCCGACAAGCCGAACACGGCCCAGCCGACGACAAACACGGCGGUUCCUGCUGGGGGUGAUGCAUUCGACAUGGAGUUAGGAAAGGCAGAAGGGGAUGAUGGGACUUUCCCGGGACAGAGUACCCAGGGGGAAGACUUUAUGGGCCCUGCCGAAUCCAAUUUCGACGACUUAUUCAUGGAUACUGAUAAUUUUGGGGAGAAUGGCGGGGACUUCAAUCAGCUGGAGGGAGAUACCUUGAUGAACGUGAACGAGCUGGAUGAUAAUUGGUUCAACUGA